GUUAUUUUUUUCUCAUAUUGAUGUCAUAUUCUUAUUUGACGUUUAUCUACUGAAACUCUAAUAGUUAUAUUUCAGCAUUUAUUUAUCUGAAGAGGCGUCUUAAAAUUAAACGUUUUUUACACACAUAAUAAACAAAUUCGUUUGAGUAUGUGAUGGUAGAGAAUUGUUACUGUUUUGUGAAUGUACAAAUUUUACAAUGUCUAACAGGAAACAUAACAGUGCAACAGCCAGAUUGAAGCAGGAUUAUUUAAGGCUCAAGAAGGACCCUGUUCCCUAUGUAACCGCCGAACCCCUCCCCAGUAAUAUAUUGGAGUGGCAUUAUGUUGUUUGCGGCCCCGAAAAAACACCGUACGAGGGGGGUUACUAUCAUGGAAAAUUAAUUUUCCCCCGCGAGUUUCCUUUCCAGCCUCCAUCAAUUUACAUGAUCACCCCCAGUGGUAGAUUUAAAACAAACACCAGACUUUGUUUAAGUAUAUCAGAUUUCCAUCCGGAUACAUGGAACCCAGCAUGGAGUGUUUCUACAAUUUUGACUGGUUUACUUAGCUUCAUGAUUGAGAAAGUACCCACACUGGGCAGUAUUGAGACAACAGAUUAUGAUAAACGUCAAUUAGCUUACCAGUCGCUAGAAUUUAAUUUGAAAAAUAAACAGUUUUGCGAGCUAUUUCCCGAAAUAGUUACCGAAAUACAGGCAGAAAUAGUUAAACGUAGUACGAAUCAGAAGGCGAACGAUUGCCAAAAUCAGCGUCAGGAUUCUACAGAGCCUAGCAGUUUUCAAGCGUGUCUUACAAACAUAAUUGUUUUAAUUGGUUUCGCCGCAUUCGCCUUUACUGUUAAAUAUGUUAUGAAAACCACUUAUACCGAUUCCGAAUAAUUUAAUAAUUAAUUGCAUGAACAUA